AUGGGCAGUAAAUCACAGUUUAAGUACAUUGAUAUUGGCAUCAACCUCACAGAUCCUAUAUUCCGUGGUGUACAUCAUGGGACUCAAAGGCAUGAGGACGACUUCGAAGAUGUAAUCCAGCGCGGUCUCGAUGCAGGCUGCAAGAAGUUCAUGGUUACAGGCUCAGAUCUGAAAGAGUCGGAACACGCAAUCGACAUAGCCAAGGCCCACCCUGGACUCUGCUACGCAACUGUAGGCGUCCACCCAUGCUCCGCAAAGCACUUCGACUCUCAUCCAGGUGGACCCGAGGCCCUCCUCGCGUCCCUCAAAGAGCUGGCUCUUUCGGGCAAAGAGGCCGGCCAUGCCGUCGCUUUCGGCGAAAUUGGCCUCGACUACGACCGCCUCUUCCUCACGCCGAAGGAACAGCAGCUCAAGCAUUUUGAAGCGCAACUUCAGAUUGCCGUCGAAGUCCAGCUCCCAUUAUUUCUGCACUCCCGUGCGGCAGCCGAGGAUUUCGAGCGCUUACUGGGUGCUCGGCUGAGUGAGCUGCCGAAGAGAGGCCUCGUGCAUUCCUUCACGGGCACAGUGGAGGAGAUGCAGAGGAUUGUGGGCAUGGGAUUCGAUGUUGGGGUGAAUGGAUGCAGCAUGAAGAGCAAGUUUGAAGACCUGAUAUGCGACGCGGAGGAGAACAUCGAAGUGGUUCGCGCCGUCCCACUGUCCCACCUACAGAUCGAGACGGACGGACCCUGGUGCGAGAUGCGGCCCUCUCAUGCUUCAGCUAAAUUCCUGAAAGACGCACCUCCGCUCCCGAAGGCUGUCAAGAAGGAGAAGUUUGUCAAAGGUGCUAUGGUCAAAGGGAGGAACGAGCCUGCGACAAUCCCGCAUGUAGCAUAUGCGAUCGCAAAGAUUAAGGAUGUCAGCGUGGAAGAGGUCUGCGAAGCGGCCUGGUGUAACUCCAUCAAGAUGUUUGGUCUGGGAGAGCAACUGGAGUAA